GAAGAAAGAGGAUUUUUUUUUCUCUCUCUCUCUCUCUCUCUCUGCAAAACCCAAUCCAUUUCCACUCUCACGCGAGAUCGCCAACUACUGAGCUGGUGUCAACCACCUGAGCCGCCAUGGGCAAACAGAACAGCAAGCUGCGCCCCGAGAUGCUCCAGGACCUCCGGGCGAACACGGAAUUCACCGACCACGAGCUGCAGGAAUGGUACAAGGGUUUCCUCAAAGACUGUCCGAGCGGCAAUCUGACGGUGGAAGAGUUCAAGAAGAUCUACGCCAACUUCUUCCCCUACGGCGACGCCUCCAAGUUCGCCGAGCACGUGUUCCGCACCUUCGACACCAACGCCGACGGGACCAUCGACUUCCGGGAAUUCAUCAUCGCCCUGAGCGUCACGUCCCGCGGCAAACUGGAGCAGAAGCUCAAGUGGGCGUUCAGCAUGUACGACCUGGACGGGAACGGCUACAUCAGUCGCGACGAGAUGCUGGAGAUCGUACAGGCGAUCUACAAAAUGGUGUCCUCGGUUAUGAAGAUGCCGGAAGAUGAAUCAACACCAGAGAAGAGAACAGAUAAAAUCUUCAGACAGAUGGAUUCAAAUAAUGACGGUAAAUUGUCCCUUGAAGAAUUCAUCAAAGGUGCCAAGAGCGACCCAUCCAUUGUACGGUUACUACAGUGCGAUCCAAGUAGUGCUUCUCAGUUCUAAUGGGACAUGACGCCAGCCACAUUGAUCGCCUGAAGUAACGAGGAGCGAGCUUUCAUUCCAGCUGAGUUGCCAACCCCAUCUGGAGGCCCAAUCCCCAACUCCGACCCCCCAAACCCCAG